UGGUAAUCAGAAUUUUGUUCAAUUCACUCUUCAACGAUUGUUCUAUGUUUAUGCCGUGAUGAAAUUUGAAAAACUUGAAAAUGUUUUUCAUUUGGAAAAUGAUAAUCUCAUUUACGUCAAGUUAGAACAAGUAUUGAAAGCCUUACAGGAAUGCAGCGUAAAAUUUGGGGUGCCCUUUGCUGAACCUCAUCAAGCAGUGGUUUCGUUCAUGUUUGUUCAGAAUCAAGAGGCCAUGUUGGAUCUCAUUGAUUACAUUUUACAAGUGUUCGCAAUGGGUUCUGAAAAAGCCUCUGAAGAGGGACAAAAUUGCAUCUACGAUCGAGCAGGAAUGUUGUUUGAUGCCUGUGUGCUGGGUCAAUGGUUUGCAGGAACGCAUGUUCAUCCAGACAUUCCAUUUUAUCAGAAUUCAAGAUUAAUAGAUCCAAGAAACCAUCGAUUAGAGUGGCGAAAAUCAAGGGAUGCAUCACUUCGAUUCAAAGAGUUGUUUUUGGUUCCAUCAGCCAAUAAGGGAUCACUUUCUGCACCUCAAGUUGUGAAUUUACAUAUUCACUCGAAACGACUUGAAAAGUAUAUCUCUCCAUCAGUCACGAAGAUAGAUGAUUGGGAAGAAUUAGCAAGGUGGUAA